CUCAAGUGUGGUUUCAGUAUGACUGGGGAACAGACACUAAAAAUAUUUCUGGAAUGACGUGACCCACUCUCGCCCCAUCCAGGAAAGGGACAAGGCUUCACAAGAAACAGCACAUGCUUUCCUUUCAUUUCUGGAAGUCCCUGGGUCGACCUACAGAUGCUGCUCCUUCCGUGGCCGAUGGCAUUCAGACUCCUCGCCGCCGAAGGUGCCAGACAAACAACUGGACAGAACAGCUCCGCCACGGGAAGCUGGCCCCAGUCUCGGCCGGAGCAGCAGCCCCCCGGCCCCAGACCACCUCUGCCACCCCAGCCGGGAGCCUUCCCGCCUCCCUCGGUCUUGCCCCCACCGCGCCACAGGGGCUGAGGACCUGGGAGCUGGUGGCAGCCGCCGCAGUGGUGCCUACGGCCUUGGGGCCGGUCCAGGCACGUGGGGCCCUGCUCAGGGCCACUCUGCAGCCCCUCCGUGGCCAGGGAGGGACCCAGGACAGCCCCGGCGCUCACCACUGUCUCUUCCUGUCGCUGAAACUUAGCCGAGGGCUCGGAAUGGAAGGCGCCACUCCGGAGCCGAGUCCGCAGGCCAGACCGGAGGAGGUGGGCGACCCCGGGGAGAGCGGGGCUCCAGAGAGCCAGGAGCUCAGGCAGCAGCUGCGGCCGCGGCCCAAGCCAGCGGCCUCCUCCCCGCGAGGAGCGAGCUACGUGGAGAUGUGCGCGUCCGCUGGGGCCCAGGGGGACAGCGCCGGAUCCAGCGCACUCGCUCUGGGGCGCCGCCCCAGAGCCCAGGGCGCCCCUAGGAGUCCCGGGGAGGAAGCCCAAGAUGAACCCAGCCGUCGAGAAGGCAAGGCCCCGGCCCCCCGGAGGAAUCCUGCCGCCUCGGAACUCUCCAGAUCCCAGCUCUCCCGCACAGACGGGGGCAGCAACGUCUCCUCUUCCUCCUCCUCCUCCCCGGUGGACAAAGCAGAAGAAGGUGGCCUUUCCAAGAUGGAUGAUACCACAUCAACAGGGGCUCUGGCCACCUCCUCUUCGUCUUUAGGCUUUGAGAGUGACAGUGGUGAGAACGCAGUGAGCUGCCAGCCCAGGGGAGGAGGAGGUGGGGGGAGAACAGGGGGAGGAGGAGGGGGGGGAGGGGCAGGCCGAGGGGGAGGGGGAGGGGGAGACGGAACAGAGUGCAGGGACAUUAUUGCCAAGUCUCAGGGCGGCAGGGAUCCCCCCAAAAAUGAGGAGGCUCACUACAUCACCACCCACGAGAUCCAGCUGAGUGAGGUGGAGCAGGACAUGGAUUUUGACGUGGGACUGGCCUCCCGCUGGGAUUUCGAGGACAACAACGUGAUCUACUCGUUCGUGGACUACGCUUCCUUCGGUGGCAGCGAUGAGACCCCGGGGGACGUCACCACCCCGACCGAAGAGGACGACGACAACAGCUGCUACCUCAGCACCACUCCUAGCACCAAUGCCACCCAGACUCCGAGCCCCACCAGCAGCGACCCGGCCCGCCCCGACGCCGACAGCAGUGGUCGCCACACCAGCAGCACGGAAGUGGGCAGCGGCCCCUCUGACAGUGACCCCACUCCCCCACCCACCGGGCCUGGCACCGCCACCCCGAGUGAGCCCUUGCCCGAGCCCCCGGAGGCAGCGUCAGGGGCAGCCGCCGCCGCAAGCAGCUGUGGGAGUGCGGCAAGCCAGAUCCUCCUAUCAAUCAAACCGACUUCCCGGGCUAUAAAUGAGCCUAGCAACGUGCGUGCAAAGCAAAACAUUAUUUAUGCUGCCAAGCAUGAAGGCGACAUGAGCCUCCGCGUCUCUACAGCUGCUGAACACAAUUCAAGUUCACUGAAGCAAGACCCGGCUGCAGCCGUGGCUCAGGACCAUGCAAAGAAAUUCAUCGCUGUCCCUGCUCGCCUGCAGACCCGGUGCGGGGCCAUCCGGGCGAAGGAGCUGGUGGACUACUCCAGCGGGGCCUCCAGUGCCGUGAGCGAACUGGACGAUGCCGACAAGGAGGUGCGGAACCUGACCUCCCGGGCCUUCCGGAGCCUCGCCUACCCCUACUUCGAGGCCCUGAACAUCAGCUCCCGGGAGUCCUCCACGCUCUCCGAGGUCGGCUUUGGGCGGUGGUCGACCUUCCUGGACUUAAAAUGUGGAGGUGUUGGAGCCAGGGUGGAGCAGAGCCUCCUGAGGAGCAGUGCGGCCUCCGUGGCCGCGGGUCUGAGGAAGGGCGGUGGGGCCAGGACCGCCGCAGACCAGCUCUACAUCCAGUCCAAGAAGUCCCAGACCAAAGCCUUGGAGUUCGUGGUCAGCAAAGUCGAGGGGGAAAUCAAACAUGUGGAGACCCCGCUGUGUUUCCAGAAGCAGGUCCAGACGGGCUCCCGCGUGGUCACCCUUCUCGAGCCCAUGAAUUGCCGCAGUGACAGCAAAGCCAGUUCGGCCACUGGGCCCUGCAGAACCACCAGAGGCUCCAGCAAGGGCCCCGGGUCGGUGCACACUGACGAUGGCUCGGAGACCUCGGAGAGCAGCAAGCCUGCCUCCCGCGCCGACGGCCCCCAGAAGAAGUCCAAGUUUGCGUCCAGUCUGCUCAAAAAUGUCAUCUCCAAGAAGAUGCAGCGGGAACAUGAGUUCAAAAUGGAGAGGGGAGAAGUCAGCGACACAUCCCACCAUAACCUCUCCGGCACCUCCAAGGAGACAGCAGAGAGCCCUGCUCGGGGGGAGAAGCCGCGGGAGAGGGGCCUGCAGAGGCAGAGCUCUCGCCACUCAGAGGCGGGCUCUGAGUACACGGUGCUCAGCGUGGCGGACGCAGGUGCGGAGGGGUCCGCAGCCGAGUCUAAAUCCCCAAUCUUCAAAGCCAGUGCUCCUCGGGAGAGCGCCGCGGUCUCCUGGCGAAAUUUCCCGGAUGGACAUACGGAGGAAGUCUGCGAAAUUAAGAAGAGUGCAUCAGAGACUGUCAAAGGCAUCUUCCUCCGCAGUCAGAACAGUGCAUUCCGGUCCUGGAAGGAGAAGGAGGCAGAGAAGAGGGAAGAAAAAGCCCCCAUUGGGAAGCUGAAGCUUCCCAAAGGGGGCGACUGGAGGGCUGAUCUCGGAGAGAUCUCUGCCAGCAAGUCCACCAUCAUGUCUCGCCUUUUCGUCCCCAACAUCCAGCAGACGCCCAAGGACAAGCAGCCGGGGAAGCAGGCUACCAAGUAUCCUGCUGCCCAAGCCACCUCCAUGGCAGUGAUCCGGCCCAAGGCUCCCGAAAUCAAGAUCCGGCUGGGGAGCGUGCAGCAGCCAAGCUCGGACUUCAACAUUGCCAAAUUGCUCACGCCCAAACUGGCCAGCAGCAGCGCCUCUAACCUCUUUAAGACCAUUGAGGACAACAGCAGAGCGCAGCAGAAACUCUUCCGGGGAGACAACCUGGAAAAAGUGCCCCAGUUCCAGGUGAGAGACGUCAGAGACAAGUCCAAGGCCCAGGGCCCCCUCCACCAGGUGAGAGAUGUCAGGAAACUAAUCAAAGGGUCAGGCGACAGCAGUGACAAGGGCAGCGUUACCCCAGAGCAGGGGCUGACCGGGCCCAAACCCAGGCAGCUGGCCGCUGCAGCUGGCGGAUCCAAAUCCCUUUCCCCCAUAGUGAUUACGUGCCAGGCCGUGGUGAACCAGAGGGAAGAUAGCAUGGACCGCGAGCCGAGGGAGAACAUAGGCAAAGGUGGCAGCGGCAGGGUCUUGAAUUCCUCCUCACCGGAAGGGACAGUCUUGGUUCAUAGGGCAUCUGGCAGGCUGCCGGUGGCCACCAUUGCUCCCAAUAAGCCGGAGCAGGGGUCUUACCUGCCUGUGCUCAAGAUCGUCUCUAAGGCUUCUGCUCAGAAGACCCCAGAGAAGGCCAAGGAGGAGGAGGUCAAGGAGGAAGGGAAAGGCCCCAAGCCAUCUCGGAAUGCCCUGGAGAAGCUGACUGCCGCAGUGAGGUCCAUGGAAGAGCUGUACAGCUUCAACAGGAACGAAUGGAAGCGCAAAAGUGACCCUUUGCCCAUGAUGAUGGACAGCCAUGUCCUGUCGCUCAUUGCCAGUGAGGAGAGGGAAGGGGCUGCGGGUGCUGAGGGGGACCCAGACAAGCUGGCCCGACGACUGGGUGAGCUGCAGGAGCGGGGCGCAGGAAACAAAGGCGGUGUGGUCCUGCGUGGGGGCCCCGUGGAACGUCUGCAGCGGAGAAACUCCAACCCUAGCACUGAGAGUGUGUCUGCCCGGGCAGCUGCCUUUGAGAACCUGGCCAGGGAGAGGCCUCGAUCGCUCUAUAUUCCCCCAGUCCACAAGGAUGUGGAAAGAACCCAGCCCCUGCAGCCCCUCCCCCCACUCCCCAGCAACCGAAAUGUGUUCACCGUGAGUGCCAGCAGCACCCAGAAAACUGGGGGUGUCGCUGGCAAGUUCCCACAAGGGCCUUCGCCAGAGAGUCCUUCGGCAGCAAAGGGCAUCAAAUCACAGGGACUCCGGUCCCUCAAGAUCUCUCCGGCCACACGGGCACCUCCUGAUGAGGUGACCAAUAGGAAAAACGGCAGCAAUUUGGAAAAGAACAAUAGUGACUGUGAGAAUUACCUGACCAUCCCCCUUAAAGGAAGCUCUGCAGCUGGAGAGCUUCCGGGCAGGCCCGGGCCUGGGAGGGAGGGGCCGCCCGCCUCCUCAGCGACCACUCUCUGCAGCUUGCCACCCCUGAGCGCCCGCAGUCAGGUCCCCAGUAGUCCCAAAGGCUCUCAGGUCAGUGGAACCGGCCGGCCAGCUUGGCGCACCAAACCCGACAACCCCAGGGAGACAGUAGCUGCCCCCCAAGGGCCACAGAGCCCCGAGCAUCUUCCCACUGCCAUCUACCACCAGCAGCCACUACCCUUCACCCUGCAGGGAGCCCAGCCCCAGGUCCUCUGCUUCUCCCCACCCAGCAUGCCUGCCCCAGCACCUGCAGGCCCGGCCUCAGUCCCCGCAGACCCCUUCCAGCAGCCACAGCCUCAGCAGACCCAGCGCAAGAUGCUCCUGGAUGUGACAACAGGCCAGUACUAUCUGGUAGACACACCAGUACAGCCCAUGACCCGAAGACUCUUUGACCCUGAGACGGGGCAGUAUGUGGAUGUGCCUAUGACCUCCCAGCAGCAGGCUGUGGCUCCCAUGUCCCUCCCUGUGCCUCCUUUGGCCCUGAGUCCUGGGGCCUAUGGACCCACCUACAUGAUCUACCCCGGUUUUCUGCCCACGGUGCUGCCCACCAGUGCCCUGCAGCCCACGCCAAUUGCUCACACCCCAGGGAGCAGUGAGCUCUCGUCCAUGGCGGCAGAGCCCCCCAGCAAAGACGCAGCUUCGACAUUCACUGAGGCCCCAUACUUCAUGGCCUCUGGUCAGUCUCCUGCCUCCUCUUCCUCCUCGGCCGCAGCAGCCACAUCCCAGCUCGUGGGGGCCAAGGGCUUCGCCCAGCUGCACGGCAAGCCUGUCAUCAGCAUCUCUUCGCAACCCCUGGGGCCGAGGAUCAUUGCGCCCCCCUCCUUUGAUGGCACAACCAUGAGCUUUGUGGUAGAACACAGAUGAUGCGCAGUCACCAGAAAGCAGAACGGAGCAGCUGCUGGAGCAAGACGGAAGAUGGACUGUUCUGUAAUCUGAAGGUUGCAUUGUAACAGCACUAAGAAUGCAUCUGAAACGCUUCCUCUACAUGUGUUAUUCUUAGUUUUUGCUUCUUAUAAACCAAGUGUGUAAGUUUCUAUAUUUUCCUGAACAACCCUGUUAAAACAGUUUGUGUUAUUUUAGUUUUACUAAGCUGAUUGAAUGGUUGCAGUUUUUCCCCUGUGAAACGAUUUCUUUUUAUACUAUAAUACAGAAUAUAAGCUUUCUCUUCAUCUCUCCCUUCUGUACUUGUGACUAGGCAAACAAUCCCUUCAGUGUUUUCAUAGUUCAGUCAAAACGUACAGCAGAAUGAGAUUGGUUCUGUUGUAAACCACAUCAGUAAAUCAAUAAUCGGGAUUACAAAUCUCCUUAUGGGUUCUUGGAGUAUGUGAGGAUUGUUUGAUUUUUAAAUAUGAUGGGUCUGCAUUUUGAAUCACAUACGAGCCAAGCCUAGUCAUUCCCUUGGUUAUGUUCUACAUGUUCUUUUAUUAGGUUUAGCAUGAUUUCAAAUGUGAUUGUGAAAAAAUAGUAGUUUUCAUUCUUGGGCUUUGUUUUAAUUUUCCCAUUUGUACAACGCCACGACACUAUCUGUCACCUUAAAAUAGAAUGGCUUGAAAUACUGAAGAGCCAGUGACUGCAUUUAAAAUUAAGUUCUUAGUCUCAGAGAAGUAUAAAAUACCUAUUUUCCUCUUGGAAUCCAACCUUUGUUAUGAGUGGAUAGCAGUUUUUUGUCUUCUUCGGUGAUUCCCUCUCUCCAUAGUUGCAUGCUCCUCUCUCACGGGGUUGCCUAAAGUCUGAGGAGUGGCCUGUUUGGGGCAGUAGAGUGGAAUGUGAACUGAUUCAGUGGCUCUGAUUCUCUCCAGCCCCAGCCAUACAGAUAGCAGUGACCUAGGAUUGUAUCACUUCCUCCCUAUGGCUUUAAGAGAUGUUGAGAAUCCAAAUCACAGAAUCUUUCAUCGACUUUCAAUACUGCCUCUGCUGAAACUCAAUUCUGAAGGUUAUUUUAGUGAGUGUUCACAGUGAGUCCUGAUGAGUUGAUUGGAGAGAUAAAUAUUUAGUUUGUCAUAAUUAGUAAGCAUGCCAACAUAUACUCAACAAAUGAUACAUUGGAAUAUUUCUUACUUUUAAAAAGAAUAACUUGAAGGUUCUCCCAGGCUUUCUUUAAGGAGUUUCCUCUUAUCUGUUUAUUUGUUCAAAGGCAAGUCAGCCUGGUAAAACAUUUUUUAAGAUCCUUAUUUUGAUUUUAAUGAUCAUCGGUAUUUGGUUUCUGCUUAAAUUUUUUUCUUGAAGCCACAGAAUUUUAUGCUAUUCAUGACUGAAGAUGUGAGUAAAACCUAAGACUGAUUUUUGUGUGAUUGACGUAAUCUCAUUUGUAGUUAGGCUUCCCGUCUCAGACUCUUGUAGGAAAAGUGACUCAAUUUCUCUUUUAGGGCCUUCCCGAAAGGGAUCUUCCUUUAAAAUGAAAUUCUGUUGGGUAGAAGAAAAGGUUUGAGGCAGGAAUAGUCAGCUCUGGUCACGAUUCCGUCAAUGGGCUGACGAGCAAUGAAAUGAAUGUCUCUAUGAGACAAGAAGCAUGAAAUAUAAAACAGCCUCUGUGUAGAGAAAAGAUGACCUUGUACCAUACUGGGGCAAGCCUUAUUUCUUUGUCACGGAGGUCUUCUCACCCAGGUACAGCAGCAGUGUCACCCCAGAAUUGCCUUAAUUUUUCACCACUCUUACCACAUUCAGCCAUUUUCAGGAGAGAUUGGCUAGGUAUGAGGUCAUUUAGUAUUAAAACAAGGAGGUAGAAUCGAUUUCAAAGAGCUCAAACCUGUAGUGCCCAAAGAAGCACCAUGAAUUCUCAAAUAUUUGAACACAUCUGGCAAAACCGACAUAGGAUUUGGGUGGAUAGUACCGGAAUUGACAAGACUGUUUUAAAAACGCGUGUGACUUUUAGGCAAACCCAGUGAUCAUACUGAGUAGUCAACUGCUUGCCAGGUCUUCAAAAAGAGAGACAUUUCCUUCCCUGGAAAAUGUGGUCGAAUUCUUACCUGGGGGCCUGGGGACCCCAUAAGCUAUUUAUCAUUAUUUAUCACCAGCAGAUCUGAGCCUUAAAUUCUCACACUGAGGUAAACUGGUACAGAAACCAGGAAAGAAAAGAGAACUUUUCACUCAUUGGUUCUAUCAGAGAGGCCACAUCUUCUAACAAGCUGCCAAGGACGUAGUAAAUGUCCAAGUGGUUAAAAUGGAACUUUAAAAAUAGUAUUCUAUGACUACCACAUUGUUUAUUGAUAAUUUUAUGGUCCUCUAUUUCAUCAAACAAAAAAAACAAAAACAAAAAACAAAAAAAACCAAACCAAUGCUGCUGGCCAUUUACUACCUCAAGUGAUAGGGACGAACGUUUUUAAACACGUGGUAAUUCUAAAUCCUCAUUUUCAGUGUUUCAUUAUUUCUUGAGGUUGCAUUGCUGUUGGAGUGAGGUGGUUGUGCUCUUCCUAUUUCAACCAAAGUUACGUGGAAUAAAGCAAGAGUCUAUGAAGCCUUUUGAUCCAUAAAACUAUUACCCUAAUGAUGUCCCUUUAGCUACUGAACUACUACCCUUUUAUGUCUUAUGUACACAAAACCAUUAAUGAAGCAUGUAGCAUUUCCCAAGUAGUGACUUGAGCUUGAAUCUAACGAGAGUCCAGUUUAUGCCAUUUCCACUCAGGGUUACAUGUGUGACUCAGUUUUCCAGAGGAACCACAGGGCAUUGUCCGUAGAAAACUUGACCCGUUUCCUCUUUCCCCUUGUUGGUUAAAUAGUCAGGUGGAAAUUUACUCCAUUUGAGUUGUUUCUGGAAAACUGAACACAUUUUUAACCAGUAUGAAAAUUUUCAUCCGCAAGAAUAUAUUUUCUUAGAAGCACUCACUGAAAUUGCCCUCAGGAUUAAAUGAAGCCCAAAUAUGCAGUUAGUGACUUAAUAUAUAAGCUCUCUGUCUGUAUAUGUCUUUAUACGUUUGUAUGUAUAUGGCUCUCUAUGUACCACUGAGUAAAUAAGCUAAAACAGAUUACGCUUUGCCAUCUUUAUGACAAAUCUCAAAUGUUAACACACAGUUCAAAUUCAUCCUUAUAACAAUAGGAAAUACCUAGUGAUAUAAAUUUCUUUUUCUUAAUUUCAGAUUUGACUUUAUCAUUGUUGCCUCUUAAAGAGAUAAUGCAUUUUAAUUAUUUUCAUACUUCAUAGAAAUGAAAGUCUGUGUUUGCUACAAAUUGAAUGCUCAUGCUACCUGAAAUAAUACUUUGGACUGCAGGACAGUAUUGAUUCUUAAGUAGAUUCCCUAUAAUCUCAUGAUAAGUAUAUAUAUGUGCAUGAGAAAACACAUUCAAUAAUAGUCUCUGUGUUUAAAAACUAUCAUGGUAUACAUUUUCCUAUGUGGUGCUUGAGGAGUUUUCAUUCUACAGUUUACAAGGUGUAGGUUUGCACCCCAAAUUCUCAGGGUAUAGUAUUUUACCCAAUACUUGAAAGAAAAAGGUGCCCUGUGUUUUAUCAGUACUGUUGAGGAGAAAAAUUAUGUGUAGGCUUGUUUUAGAAAACUACUUAUAAAAAGUCAAAUUCAUAAAAUAUGUUAGGCGUUUUCAUAAUUUCUAAGAAGAUAAUACAUGUAGAUAUGAUAUAUAUUUUCAAGAGACUGUUUCUAUAUUCUUAACUAAUUUCUGGGUCCUAAGUAGACCUCACAGGUGCGUAAAAUCAUUAAGAAAGCAUGUAGCAUUUGCUAAAUUGUACCUUGAGCUUGAAUCUAAUCAGAAUUGCAGACUCUGGUUCUCUGGGGGAAAAAAAAAAGCACAUCCAUCUGUGACACGUGCGACUACAAGGCCCAGAGGAAGAUUCUGAAAAUUGGACUCAUUUGUAUGCCCCGUGUCUCAGAAGAGAACUGAACGUUCACAGCACAGCAGUAUUUGUAAGCUGUUAACAUUCUUGUUUCAUGUUGCAACUAGAGCAUAUUAUUAGAUUUAUUCCUAUUUAAUUCAAAAUGGUGCAGAAUAAAACACACACACACACAACACAUCAAAUUUGAUUUCCUUUUUUUAAGUUUCAUAAUUGCUUUUUCACAAGCUAGUGUUAAUGGCAGUCCUUGCCAGGGUUCCCUGAAUUUACCCUUCCUACCUGGAUCUGUUUUCUAGCAGGCAGUCCUUUCUUUUUCUCCCUCUUUGAGGAUGUAGGUGUCUGUAUUUACAUUGAAAUCGUAUUAUUGUAUACUAAAGACAGUGGUUGUUGAAAAGAAUGUGAAGACUGUGGAAGUGAUGUCCCAAACAGAGAAGAGGAAAUUGUGUGGUAAAUAGAGAAAGACAUUGGAUAAUGCCAGAUUGUGCCCCUGACGAUGAAAAAGCCAGAGGUAAAUGGAAAGAAUGUGAAAAUUAAAACUGCUCUCAAGGCAGAAAUCAUGGUGGAAAAGUUCCUACCUGAGGUCUGAUUCAAUUAUAAAACACAGUGAGCUUGGCCAAUGGGACUGUGAAAUCAGCCCAACAGCUCGGAGAAUUACGCUCUCGGUGUGUUGCAUAUGGAGAAAACUACUAGACAAGGACUCGUGAGACUGGCCUACUUACCUUUAACUGCAGCAUUUGUAAGUGAUUGUGCAAUCUUGUGUAAUGGUCUUUUAUUUGGACUCGUUUGAAAAAGAAAUGUUUUGUUGUUGUUGUUUUUCAGUAAAAGUAACCGCAAAGAAAA